ACUGCUGUCCACAGGAGGAGCGGCCCCCCUCCCACCGCCACAGGAAGGGGGGGUCCGUGGGCAGCGUGUGCUACCUGUCGAUGGGCAUGGUCGUGCUGCUCAUGGGCCUCGUGUUUGCCUCCGUCUACAUCUACAGAUACUUCUUCCUCGCCCAGCUGGCCCGAGACAACUUCUUCCACUGUGGCGUCUUCUACGAGGACUCCCUGUCCUCCCAGGUCCGCGCCCGGGUGGAGCUGGAGGAAGACGUGAAGAUUUACCUGGGAGACAACUACGAGCGCAUCAACGUGCCCGUGCCCCAGUUCGGGGGCGGCGACCCCGCAGACAUCAUCCACGACUUCCAGCGGGGUCUGACCGCCUACCACGACAUCUCCCUGGACAAGUGCUACGUCAUCGAGCUCAACACCACCAUCGUGCUUCCCCCUCGAAACUUCUGGGAGCUGCUCAUGAACGUGAAGAGAGGGACCUACCUGCCCCAGACGUAUAUCAUCCAGGAGGAGAUGGUGGUCACAGAGCAUGUCAGUGACAAGGAGUCCCUGGGCUCUUUCAUCUCCCACCUGUGCAAUGGGAAGGACACCUACCGGCUGCGGCGCCGGGCUACGCGGAGGCGAAUCAACAAGCGUGGAGCCAAGAACUGCAACGCCAUCCGCCACUUCGAGAAUACCUUCGUGGUGGAGACACUCAUCUGCGGGGUGGUGUGA